CUAAACCUACCUGGUAGGCUACUAAUCUACCCGCCUCUCCCUUAUUUCAAUGUUUAAUGUUCUAACUACCUAUUUACAUAUCUAUGCACCUACAGGCUCAUCAACAACUUCAACCUACAAUUUCUCACCCUCAAGCAAACAGUUCGGUCAAGCAUCGCCUCAUAGUUCGCCCGUGAAUAGCUCAGUCUGCGCCUCGAUCUUCUGCACGUCACAAUCCUCCAUAGAAGCUUAAUCGAAAAUGUUUUAAACCCGCAUUGCCCAGGCAUUCGGUUUUUGGAUAGAUAGAUAUAUCUGUACAUGCUCACCUAUGUUUUUUUUUAUUGCUUGGCAUUAUCUAUCAGAGCUAAAGACUUCCUAAACGAACGGUGUGAAAUAUGGACGACUAUCUGUUUCGAUAUCACGUCGACCAAUGCAAGACCGUUGAGGAAAAGACGACCUACCUAGAAAUACUCAAUUACUCCGACCCAACUUAUAACAGUUGUGAGGAACACCCCUUAGUGACCCAAGAUGACUUUGAGAACUUUCUUCGUCGAAAUGGCGCAUUUGCUCCCCCAAUGUUAGCUGAGGGGGUGAAAUUGCAAGAUGGGGUUCGUCUGAUAGUUCAGAAAGAUGCCCAACACCCCGAUACAUUUAAGCCCCUUCACAUAUCACUGAAGAAAGAUGCCUAUGAAUCUAUGGUGAGGACAUGGCAUCUUCCAUUUCGGGCAAUUGAGGGUAGCAGUCUCGUCGGCCCAUUCUUUUGGUGCUCUCAUGAUGACAAUGAAGAUGAUCGCCAUCUACAAAUCAUAUUUCGGAAAUCCGAUGUGCGCAAAAAAGGCAAGACCCGUGGAUGGGAGAUCAUGCUCUCGUACUCUUACAACACCUGCAUAACCACCGGGUUUGUCAAAGGUACUGAGUCUUCAGACAUUCUUGAGGCACUCGACCACCUGAUUGCUUGUCGUUCUGAACUUGGCCAUCCCCUUAUACUUCCAAUCAUCAUUCUUUCUCACGACUUGUCAGCUAAGGGUGACAUGAGACAACGUGACGCAAGAGAUUGGCUGCGACGACUUGAAAAUGCUAUCACCAUGCGUAACGAGAUUGAGGAGAGAGAAGUCUAUAUGGACCUCGACGUGGAUAGAAUCAACCGAGACUUAGUGGAAUGUCAUUCCCAGGUUCUGUGGAAACGGCCGCAGGCUUAUCAGGAAAUCCUGAAAGAGCUCAGGGAGGCCAUGCAGAAAUUCAUGGAAGGCUUGCACAUUCCGGAUGAGAGGCGUGCGAAGAAGCUUGGAAACUUGCAUAACAGCAUGCUCUCAAGGUUAGAUUUCUUCAGGGCCAAGCUCACAGGAAUGGAGCACUAUAUUCAUACGACAUUAGAGAGGUUGCACAUACAACGACAGGCCCUCUAUAACAUCAUGGCUCAGAAAGAAUCCAAACUCAAUUUGGAGAUUGCUUCACAGCAGAGGCGAGUAGCACACGCCACAAAACGUGACGGUACUGCUAUGAAGACACUAUCUCUUCUCGGUGCAGUUUUUCUCCCUGGGACUUUUAUGGCCUCUGUCUUCAGCAUGACGUUUUUUGAUUUUAGUGCCGACUCGGAUGCAGGCGGCGGCGUCUCUGGGAGUAGCGCUCACGUUUCGCAACUCCUGUGGGUAUACUUCGCGGUCACAAUACCGCUUACGACUGUCAUCUUGCUAUUCUGGUACUUCAUAGACCGGAAGCGUGAGAAGAGAUACAAGGAAGAGGAUGAUGAGAUCGAGAAGGGGAUCGAUAGGAUGGAAAAGGAUAUCUUGGCUAUCAUGCGCAAGAAGACCAUCAACAAGGCUACGACGUGGACUUCGGGGGGUUCCAUAGGGGCGAGGAGGGAGAGGAGAAACACGGAGAAAGAUAUUUUGAAACUGGCUUGAACGAGGUACGGGUACGAAGAUCGGAGAUGUGAGAUGUGAGACGAUUUGAAAGAGAGGAGAAUGAAAGAGGAGAAAAGUAGCCCGAUGUUACUAUCUAUCCCGCGAGCGAACGAACGAACGAACAGGCAGGUAAUCUACGGAGAGCGAUGUUGAUUGGACCAUUGCAGCUAUUGUCGAUAAGACUUCACGAUGCUACGCCCUUUUUUUUUUAUUACGACCACUGAACGAAAAGAAAGUAUAGACAAAUAUACCUAGGCGGGAUUUCGAUAAAUGGUACCUAUCUAGGAGGUACCGAAUCACCCACACACUCUUGGAUGAGUUAUGAUAAUACAUGCAUAGGUACAUACUUGCCUUAUAGCGUACUUAGAUACUGGAAUAAUAGAUGCGAUUUUCUUGG